CCAAAGAUUGCUGUGGUUGGUUGUGGCUGUUCCACUGCAACAGAGCCAGUGGCUGAGAUCAGCCACUACUGGAAUAUAACUCAUAUAUCGUUUGCUUCUGCUCUAUCAUCCCUGAGCGACAGGUCAAGAUUCCGGUAUUACUUUCGAACCACUCCAUCAUUUGCCAACUCUGCUCCUGCCAUACUUGGAGUGCUAAACAACUUCAACUGGAAACAACUUGCCUUUAUAACACAAAAUAACAACCUAUUUCUGCAG